UGGAGGCUAUGGCGGAGACGAAAUGCAUCAAUGCGCCGCCGAGAAUGCGCAGGUAUGCUGUGGCUGGAGCAGGAUUUGCUGGUGUUUCCGUGGCCUGGCAUCUCUUACAGUUCACGAAUCCAUCCGUGUCAGUCAGUGUUGAGCUCUUUGAUGAGAGAGGCAUUGCCGCUGGAGCGUCCGGUGCGUCCGGAGGAUUGCUCCAUCCGUUUUCUCCAACAGGAAAAUUACUCUGGAAAGGUGCCGAAGGAUUUCGAGCAUCGCUGGAUUUGGUGGCUGUUGCCGAGUCGAUGGUCCCAGAAGACGAUGAGCCAAUCUCAUGGAAAAGGGGGAUCUUAAGACCUGCUCUUUGCGAGAAGCACACCCGGAACUUCCGAAAGAAUGUGGAUUGCAGCAAUGGUAGCGCUGGAGCGCCAAGAAUUCUCACCGCAAGAGAGGCCAGAGAACUACUUCCAGGGCUUUCCAUGCAAGACGAUCUCCUUGCGUUGCACAUCCGCGCGGGAAUCAACGUCGAUCCAAAGCGCUACCUGGAAGCACUGUGGAAAGCAUGCCUCUCGUUCGCAAACUCCGCGCGAGUGUCAGGCUGCCCUGGAACGAAAGCAUCACUUCACAAGCGUCGCAUCGCCAGUAUCUGCGAUCUCUCAGAUUACGACGCUGUGGUACUUUGCCUGGGCGCUCAAGCUCUAUUGUUACCAGAACUCCAGGGAAAGUUACCACUUACACCGUGCCGUGGAGUCGUAGCAAAAAUGGAGCUGCCAGAGAAAAGGAGUGAACAGUUCAAUGGCACGGCACCUAGUGUUUUGUCCCGAUCAUGGUUGGCAUUCCAGGGAAAGAGAAGGCUGCUGCUUGGAGCCACGAAAGAGGCCUUCAUCUCGCCAUCGCCAAGAGCACAAGAUUUGUCAGCCCUGGAAGAGCUUUACCAGAAAGCCAGGCAGCUUUAUCCCGGCAUCUCACAGUGGGAAGUAACUGGCCUGCGAGAAGGCGUCCGAGCGUUGCCACCGCGAUAUGGUGAUCUGGGAGCGAUCCCUUUGGUUGGAAGCCUGGAUGGUGAUGUGAGAACUUUGGAGUCACCAGUAAGGAAUGGCAAAUGCCGGCCUCCUCGCUUGUGGAUUUUUGGAGGGCUUGGUUCCAGGGGCCUGGUAUACCACGCGUGGCUGGGAAGCAAAGUCGCCCAGGCCGUGGUUCUCGAGAACCAAGAGGUUCUUCCGCAAGAAGCGCGCCAGUGGAAAAACCUCACGUAAAGGGUUUAAAGAAAUUUUAAAAGUAUACCAAGGGUUUAGGGUU